ACACUCGGCGCAGUGUGCGGCAGACGCGGUCCGGUUGUGGUCGACGGCGCGCUCGCCGCGUUCCUUUUGAUAAUAAUAACAUAAUCAUUUCUCAAGACAAUUACACAUAGGAAAUAGUUGUCCGUAUAAUACAUCUCACCGGUGUUGUAUUUCCAUCGUCUGAAGUCGCAGAAAUCGCCGCCAUGACGAGAAAACUCGAGAAAUUCGUCAUACUGUUCGACAACACGAACCUGUUGUAUUUUCCCGGACAGUUUUUGAGCGGAAGAGUGUUGGUGGAACUCAAGGACGACACUCAGGCUCUGGGAUUACAUUUCCACGUCAUUGGCGAAGGAGUCGUGCGACUUAAGAGCAAACGACGAGAGAGGGUUUACGACAAGGAAAACUACAUUGAUUUUCGAAUGAGAUUGCUCGGAGAACCAGGACAGCCCCCUGUAAUGCUGUCGCCGGGUAUCCACAGUUUCCCGUUUAAGCUGGGUUUACCCCCAGGACUCCCUUCUACCUUCCUGGGCAAGUCUGGUUGGGUACAGUACUACUGCAAGGCUGCGCUGAGGGAGCCCAACUCAUUGACGCACAAAAACCAACAAGUGUUCAUUGUGAUGAACCCGAUCGAUCUCAACAUGGAACCGUCUAUAUUAUCUGUAGAACCAUUUCGGUGCGAUAUUGAUCACAAGCUGUCCAAAGCCAUGUGCUUGGGAUCGGGCCAGGUCGAGUGCCAGGUGUGUCUGGACAAAGGCGCGUACGUUCCCGGGGAAACUGUCGAAAUCACAGCUAUAGUUACUAACAACAGUAAAGUUACCAUUAAGUCGACCAGAGCAACGCUAACGGAAACCAUUCAGUAUUUUGCCAAGGGCAAAGUCAUACAGUCGGAAACCAGGGAAUUAGCGUCACUGAGAAGAGGCAAAAUCAAACCCAACGAAACUGAUCAGUGGCGCAAUGAACAACUUUACGUGCCACCACUACCUCCUACCAACCUACGUGGGUGUCAUUUAAUAAACAUCCAAUACGAUAUCUAUUUUAUCAUAGUACCGAACAAUAUGGAAAAAGAAGUUAAGCUACAACUACCCAUUAUGAUGGGAACUUAUCCUUUCAGAACAGAAGACGGAUCGCUAGAUGGAAAACUUGGAACACAUUACCCAUCAACUUUGCCAAUAUUGAGACCUUGGCUAGAAGAUAAAACAUUUAAGUGAUAGAUAUACGUUCAUUUAAAUAUUUUAUGAAUUUUCUCACUUGACUAACCAUUUAUCUCUUUCUUUUUUUAUAAAAAUAAAUUAAUAACAGAUUACUUGGCAUUGAUAUGAUUUUAAUUUUUUAAAUAUUAUCUUAAUGAAUAACAUUUUUUUGAAUGUAUGAAUAGACAAUUGUAUAAAUAAUAUUAAUGAUCCAGUUCAAAAUUGCAUCUCAAUAUUUUAAAAAUACAAUGUAUUCAUUCCCUAUAAAAAUGUUAGCAGUUUAAAUAACAACUGAAAAAAAAAAUUAUUCCAUAAUAAAAAGAUUUCCUGUAGGGAGUAAUAUUGUAAAAAGAUAAAAUUGUUUAUAUGAUAUUAAAUUUAUCCAGUUUUAAAUUGAGGCAUUGAUAAAUGCUUAUUAUUUGUAAAUAUAUUAUGAAAGUAAGGGUUUAGAGAUUUUAUACAAUUGUAAAAAAUUGUUUUAAAAUAAAACUGUAAAUAACCAUUUUGUAUUAAUAUGAACUAUGCUCAAUAUUUAACGUGAAACAAAAAUACUACCAACGAAUGUAACAUGGUUUUUUCUUACAUCAUUGAGGCCUUUUCCUGACCAUCAAUUAGUCGUUCCAAAAAAAGGGUAGUUUUAUCAUUAUACAGGGUAAUUAAUUAACGACACCAAUUUUCUUGGAAAUAAUAACAAUUUUUCGCUUCUUCUUUCCAUGUUAGUUAUUUUGGCACUAGACAAAGGAUACGAGACAAGGCGUGAGCGUGAAGCUAAUAAUUAAUAAAAAUGAUUAAAUGAAGGAAUAACUAUACUAUAUUUAUUAAUUAGACUUAUCUACUAUAUUUUAUGAGUUCACAGUAACAAAUUUAGUCCGCCAACAUAAAUACAACACUUUCUAAUUUUCAUACCUUAAUUCUACAAAACCUUGAAAUUUAUUGAUUGUAUCCCAACCUGUACAACAUAAAGUAUUAACUAUCAUGCGAUCACUAAACAUGAUUCCAUCUAAAUGGUCCAUUUCGUGUUGUAUUAUUCGAGCUGUCCAUCCUUUAGCAUCUAAUUUUUGGGUUUCUCCAUUUUCAUUCACUCCUAAAUAGAAAUAUUCAAUACAAAUAAGUGUACUUUUAAAAUUUAAUGCCAAGUAAGUAAUUUUUUUUUAAAAAAAAAGAUGUUUUGUUUCCUCAAGAAACUCUAACUAAGUAAGUUCUUGCUAUAUUAUAAAGUAGGGAUCCCAAGGCGCGUAGCGCAGCUCGUGGCAGGGGGUUCCUUUAGCGCAUGAAAAAAAACUAACAAUGGUCGGGAACGGCCAACCUGCGCCGCGCCUAACCGAUCCUACUGUGCGUACCGCAUCCCGAUCCCCCUACCAAAUCCCACGCCACGACCCGUGGGAUCCCAGCUUAACACAUUGUUGGCCAAAGCAAAAAAUGAAUAUUUUUUUUAACCUGUCAGCAAUAUUCUGCUAUAUCUUGGGACAUCAGCCGAAUAACCUUUAAAACUUGCACACGAUUCGUUAAAUGUGACUAUGGUGUGAUCUAAAAUUUUAACUUCUGGGUUUAUCCAAACCUAUAAUAGUUAUAAAAUAAAAACACAUAAAAUACAAAUGACGAAAAUAACUGAAUUAUUUUACCUGUUGUUCUACAUGUUCCAUCUGUUUUAAACAUACUUCUUCUUUACUAUAAUGUUUUAAUGGAUGCGGAAAAUUAAUGACAAAUAAUUGGAGUGGUAUGCCAACUUGAGGUGCUGCUAAUCCAAUUAGAUCACAUCUUUUAAUCGUCGAUUUUAAAACUGAAAUUAACUAUAACAAACAUAGGAGAUUUCAGUUUAAAAAAAAUACUCCAGUAUUUAUAAAAAAUAAAGCUGUUAUUAAAAUUCUUACCCUAUUUUCUUACAUUUUGAAUUUCCUUAGAACGUAUGCCGUCAUCAUCAAUUGGAAAAGCUUUAUUUCUUAGCACUGGAUCGCCAAUCUGAGCAACAUGGUUUGCAAAUGGAGGUUUAGAAGGUUUUGCAAGAAACAUACGAUUGUAGGUUCGUUUGAUGUACCGUAAAACCAUUUUGAUUGAACACUAAAAUAAAAAAAGAUUUUUACAAAAGUUUCUCAAUAGCUGCACUUAACUAUCUACAAUACUUACACAGGUAUUUUGUCUCAAGAAUUAUGGUUUUUAUUAAUGUCUCAGGUAACUACUGCUAUAGGGUAAAUGAUUUAUAUGAAUCUUCAAAAUGAGUGUAAAUUAUGGACAGUUAAUCACGAUUAUAAAAAACUUCAUACAGUUUUUAAAGAGAAUGUUUACAAAGUUCUUCGGCAUAAAUUACAAUAUGUGAAGGCUGAAGCAAAAA